CAUUGAGCAAGUUAUCUGCAACCCAAGAGAUGCUUAUCAGUUAAUAAUCAAGGGCUGGUUGAAUCGUAGAGUAGCUCUUACUUCCAUGAACAGAGAGGGUUCGCGCUCUCAUGCUGUUUUUACAGUUAAAAUAGAGUCAAAGAUCUCCAAAAAUAGAGGAUUUGAAUCUUUCUUUCAAAGAUUAUGAAAUAAUCUUUUUACAGGAGGAUUCAUUUAAGAAAUUGUAUGCUGUCAUUAGUAAAUUUCAACAACAAAAUCAAAACUUGCUGGAAAAGUUGAACUUUAUGAAUCACUUAGAGAAUCAUGACUCUCAGCUGACAGCCAAAGAAGAAGAACUGCAAAGAGUGAACAUGACUCGUCAGAAAUUUGAAAAAAACAACAAAGUUUUACAAGCUAUGUUGAAGCACACAGAAGUUUGUGAGCAGAAAGCUCCUGAAGUGCCAAAUUUUCAAGUUAUUAAGAAAAUUGAAUUAGCCUAUAGCCACAAGAUGAAAGAGUUUGAGAGGUCAAUCUUUGGCAAAGAUAAAAAAGUAGCUGAGUUAUUAUUUGAAGUAGCAAAAUUAAAAGAGGAACUUCUCCUUGCCAGGGAAACACAUGUAUCUGUUUUAAAAGACAGGAAUUGCAAUAAAAUGGGUGCUGCUGAGGCAUUUCAAGAAUUACUGAGUGCUGUGCCUAUGCAAGGAGGUGCUAUUGGUGAGCCUGGAGAGAGAAAGUCAUCUUCAGAAAAAAAUGGCUCAGUUAGAGGAAGAGCUCUAAUAAAAGAAACAAAAAUGCCAGAAAUAAAUGAACAAUCUUGGAGAAGUAAAAAAAAGUGAAUGAACUAAUAACAUCCUUUUAAAGAGUCACUAUUUUUGUAAAUGUUUGUUUUUUUAUAUCAAUCAAUGGUUAUAAUUCAAAUGAAAGCCACUUCAUUCUUCUUAAAAAAUCCAGUACAAGAGAUACAGUACUUGUAAGCAUGUCAAUGAUUGGUUGAAUCCUACCAGUAUUUGAAUAAACAUAUAUUUUAGUUUGAAGCCCAAGAUUGACAUUGACUCUAGACUAAUAAUUGUGUUUAUACACAGUUUGUAAAAGAAAUAUGUUGAGAUAUUUUUGUUAAGAUUUUUCUUAAGUUCAAGCUACUACAAUAAGUUCUACAAUGGAAUUUAAAAAGAUGUUUAUGGAAAUUGUCUUUCAUUUCACUAGCCAUUUGUUUCUCAUAAAAAUUGUGGAAUUGAAAAUGUCUGUUACAUAUGUGCUUCUAUAUCUAAUAUUUAUGAAUAUAUAUAUAUAUAGAAUAUCCUCUGCUUAAAAGUAUGCUUUAUUGGAAUAUGUUUGAUGUCAAUACUUGUAAUAAAAUGAACAAGAGGUGUUUCACUCUAGUAGUUUAAAUUUUCAUAAGUUAUGAACUAGAGGCCUUAAAUAAAAUUUACUACUUUUGGAUAAAUUUGUCAUCUCAUUUGAUGUACAAAUAAUGUAACUAGGCCUCAAGGUUUCCUAAAUCGAGCAAAGAGAAAGAGCAUCCACAUUUAUCUUUUUCUAGAAAGAACAAAAAUAAAGCUCAAAUAUUUCUCCUAUUUUGACACAAAUUAAGAAAAAUAAUAGGACCAUUUUUGUAGGAGCUGGAAAGGUUGAAUUUAUAGGUAGGCUAUUUAGGCAUGGUUGUAUUUUACAGCUACAACUGUAGUAAUACAUAAAUAAGCUGUCCUAUUGUAAAUAUGUACUGUACAUAAAGAAUUAGUAGAAAUAGCUAUUUGAUCUUCAUGUAUUGUCUUGAAUCCUUUUUUUUUUUUUUUUUUUUUUUGUUGGUGUUUUGAUUUUUCUGAAUAACUUAUAUGUUAAACUACUUGUAUAAUGUAUUUGUAAAUAUUCAUAUCAGAUAAUUUCUAUUGCUGUUUAUUAUGACAGUCUUAAGUUUAAGGAAGUUGGAAGUUUUUGUUUAUGUAUCAACACAGACCAUGAGCUCUAUUAUAACUGUUUGUCUGGUCUUUCAGUUUUUCUUUGGGUCAUAUUUGUUUCAUUGUGGCAGUCUGUAUUUAUAUUUAGUGUAUUCUUGCCAUUUUAUGCCCAUAAUUGAACCCAGACUCCUUUGGUUCAAUCCUUCUAGCACCCUUAAAUGCUUUGCAUGUAGCUGCCAAAUCUGAGAGCCAUAAUGAAGUGCUUCGAGGCCACUGCCUGGUAGAUAUGUAACUAUUUAUCUAUCACUAAUUGCAGAAGUUUGGGCCCUCUGAGUCCACCCAACUCUAAUGGGUACAUGGCAUUAGUUGAGGAAAAGUAAAGGCGGUUGGUCAUUGUGCUGGCUACAUGAUACCCUCGUUAACUGUAGGCCACAGAAUCAGAUGACCUUUACAUCAUCUGCCCUAUAGACCACAAGGUCUGAAAGGGGAACUUUACUUACUUACUUAAUUGCAGAAGUGUUGUAUAUAAAAACAUUCCAUACUCAAGUUUAACUGCCAUUAGUUAGAAUCAAUAUUUUAAAUAGAAUAAGGUGUAAUUUUUAACAUUAAGCCACAGAAAUGUGACCCUACAAUGACUAUGCUACGAGUAGUAGUUGUUAUUUUAUAAUUAUAGCAAUCAAUUUUUUUGUUAAAGGCCCCUAGCACUAUUAGAUCUUCAAAUUAGCUUAGUGAUAUUGUAAUAUGUGAUUUAUAUUAGCUGAUAUUUUAUUGCUUUCAUGGAUUAACAAGAAUUGGUUCUGUUACUUUUCAUAACAUUUGUCAUUACACCACAACUGAUGCCUUACUGAACAAAAUGUUCUAAUGAGUGAAAAUAAAGUUAUUUAUUUUCUAA